GAAAGUUCCGGAAGCCACCAGAACGAAAGUUUGUAUAUAUGGAGUGCGCAGCUUACGCGACACUUUAGUACGUAAGAAGAGGUGUUAAAUGUUGUUUCGUCUAAUCUGUCAGAAGCGAAUUUCACAUCAAUCUACCUAAUAUUCAAAAGAGAUCAGUGAAUUUAGUGCCAAUUGGAUUGUAUUAUUUAUUAACAACAUAAGAAACAACGAAUAAUCAAUGGGGAAAGACUACUACAAGAUCCUAGGCAUAACAAAAAGUGCCAGUGAUGAUGAGAUCAAAAAAGCCUAUAGGAAAUUAGCCUUAAAGUACCACCCUGAUAAGAACAGGAGUCCUGGGGCAGAAGAGAAGUUCAAAGAGAUAGCCGAGGCAUAUGAAGUACUUUCAGAUGCCAAGAAGAGGGAAGUUUACGACAAAUUUGGAGAAGAGGGACUGAAGGGAGGUGCAGGUGGUACGGCAGGAGGAGGCGGUGGUGGUACAACAUACACGUUCCAUGGAGAUCCAAAGGCAACAUUCGCUCAAUUCUUUGGCUCUGCUAGCCCCUUCCAAACCUUCUUUGAAUUUGGUGGUCCUAUUGGGAACCGAGUAUUUAGCUUCCACGACGAUGACAUGGACAUUGACGAUAUCGGUCUGGGUGUUGGUCCUCAACGUCCAGGUGGUCAGGGAGGAGCAUUUAGAUCACAUUCGUUCAACUUUGUAGGCCCUAACUCUGGCAGGGGGGGUGGCAAAGAUCGCGCUCAAGAUCCUGCUAUAGAGCAUGAUUUGUACAUCUCGUUGGAAGAGAUUCUGCGUGGUUGCACAAAGAAAAUGAAAAUCUCUAGGCGGGUAGUACAACCGGACGGUAGCGCAAAAAAGGAGGAUAAAGUUCUGACGAUCAACGUGAAACCAGGAUGGAAAGCUGGCACCAAGAUCACUUUCCCGAAAGAAGGUGACCAAGGUCGCGGAAAAGUUCCAGCGGAUAUCGUUUUCAUUAUUAGGGACAAGCCACAUCCUCUCUUCAGAAGGGAAGGAAGCGACAUAAGAUACACCUGUAAGAUAAGCUUAAAACAAGCUCUAUGCGGUACUAUCAUCGAAGUUCCUACGUUGACUGGUGAAAAAAUUAACUUAAAUUUGACGAGAGAAAUUGUUAAACCAAUUAUGGUCAAGAGGAUUCAGGGUCACGGCCUACCAUUCCCAAAAGAACCAUCAAGGAAAGGUGAUCUCCUGGUUUCGUUCGAUAUAAGAUUUCCCGACUCAUUAACGCAAAGUGCAAAGGACAUACUAUAUGAUACUCUGCCAAAUUGAACUUGCUAAUGAAAUAAAAACUAUGGAUAAAUGUCAUCACAACGACAGUCCUCUAAUCGUCCAAAUUGACGAGAGUAAACACUCGUGUACGUUCUAGUACAUAUAAAUGCGUGGUUAGAGAGCUGUGAAAGAAAGGAAUCAUUUGUCAAGGCGAAGUAAAUAAUAAUUUUAUCUCAUAUAGUUAGGAAAAUGUGAUUUUUCCGUUUAGUCAAACGUAAAAUUAUCAGUUUCUUGAUUUGGGCUUAGGCAGAACUUGGUUUUCGUUCAAUUCCGGAACAAAUAUAAUUGAAAAAGGAAAGAUAAUAGGAUACAAGUUAAUUUGAUUAGUACAGUGAAAUGUACAUUACCUUAACCACGCGGGCGGAAAGAUCCUAAAUAGUAUUUAAGCUCGAAUACGUUUAAGUUAAUAUUGAUUUAAUAGGAAGAGUCUGUUACAGUGUAACUCUGUACGAACGCGGUAUGAUUAUUUUAUUCAUUCUGUACAUUCAAAGUAUCUAUUAUGUACACAUGUCGGAUGAAUGAGUGUGUUUGCGUACGUAUGCGUGGUUUCUGUAAGUAUUGUUUCGAUAGUGUAAAUGUGUUUUGACACAACCUGAUUCGUAUGAACAAUAGUCACUGCGUAAGUAUGACAAAACGAUCCACCCGCCGUCAUUUGUAUUCAAAUAGUCACAAACAUUAUUUUUGUUUGUUCAAUUGUAAACAAUUCGAUUUUUAUUUAUUAUUUUUUAAUAUAAAAUAUACAUGUAGGGAAAUAAUGUAUAUUGGAAAAGGUUAAUUAUCAAAAAUUCUAGAUCUUACUAUAUAUAUAUCUUUGAAGUUACGGUGAUUAGUGUAACGUUUUGUCAUACGAAAGCAGAUGUGCGUAUAAACUAUUUGUAAUAUCGAGCUGAUUGUUUUCUUAUGUAACGCGUCUUCAUAAUUUUAAUGGUUGGUUAAUUAUUUGUACGCUAAAAUAAUAUCGAUACAAUUAAGUAGCA